AUUUCAUUUUUUGUUUUUUUUUAACCGGGUUGCAGUGGAUUGUGGCUCUGCGUUUCCAGCCACCCGCGUCUCUCCCUUUAUCCAUCCAUCCAUCCAUCCAUCCAUCCAUCCAUCCAUCUCGACGCCGAUGCCCGUGGUGCCCGCCGCUGCCUGAAGGCAGAGCCAUCAUGUACCUCCUGGACAGCAGCGAGCCGCCGGCCGCCGCCUCCUCCCCCGAGAGGAUGCAGCGGGGCACUCCGCAGAGGAAGACCGUGUACCGCAUCUCCGUGACCAUGGUGAAGAAGGAGCUGCUGGGGCCGGAGAGCGGCCGCGCCGGCCCCGAGCUGCCCCGGCGCGGGCGGAGCCGCCCGCCGGGCUCCUCCAGCCUCACCAGGGCCGGGCUGCUGCUGCUGGAGGAGGAGGAGGGCGAGGAGGAGGGCGAGGAGCGGGACAGGGUCCCCAGCCCCUGCGGCUUCCGCACCUUCCGGACGCUGAGCACGGGGCAGCUGGAGCUGGGCCGCCUCAAGGUGCCGAGGAGAGCGGGGCCGCCCGUGCCCGGGGCGCCGCGGGGCAGCGCCGGACCCGGAGAAGCCGCGGCGGCCGCAGCCGCAUCCCCGCCCGGGGAGCAGGGGGGCAAGGACGGUGGGCCCGGCGAGCCGGCCCCGGCGGAGCGGGGCCAGAGCCCGCGGCGGCAGUCGGGGCUGCUGCGGCGGAGCUUCAGCUUCAGGCACUGGAGCGGCGGCGGCAGCGCGGAGCCGGCCCGGGUGCGGCGGCACAGCAGCUCCGGCUGCCUGCCCGGGCCGCCGCCGCCCUCGCCGCCCGCCGCGCUGCCCGCGGAGCCCCCCGAGAAGCGCAACACGCUGGACGUGGGCGAGGUGCUGAGCCAGGCGGACCCGCUGUCCCGGCUGGAGCGCUGGGAGCGCAGCAAGAGCAAGAACCGGACCCUGGAUAACAGCGACCUGCAGCGGCUCUCGGAGCGGCUGGGCCGGGAGGGCCCCGCCGCCGGUACCGAGCACCGGCUCCUGCGCUUCUUCAGCGGCAUCUUCGCCCGCAGGGACGGCCCCGCCGCCCUCUUCGGCAGCCCCCACGGGCGCUCCCCCCGCAGCAGCUUCUCCAGGUCCAGGGCUUAUUUUAGCAGCCUCAGGAGAGCCGCCGUGGACACGCAGUCCAGCUCCGAGAGCAUCAACGGGUCCCCCCAUAAAGAUGCCUUUGUAAAUAGCCAGGAAUGGACACUGAGCCGAUCUGUACCCGAGCUGAAAGUGGGGAUCGUGGGUAACCUGGCGAGUGGGAAGUCGGCGCUGGUGCAUCGCUACCUGACCGGCACCUAUGUGCAGGAGGAGUCACCUGAAGAUAUGGAUGCAGGUGGGAGAUUCAAGAAGGAGAUAGUGGUUGAUGGACAGAGCUACCUGCUGCUGAUCAGAGAUGAAGGAGGCCCUCCAGAGGCACAGUUUGCCAUGUGGGUAGAUGCUGUUAUCUUUGUGUUCAGCUUGGAGGAUGAAGUCAGCUUCCAGACUGUGUACCACUACUACAGCCGCAUGGCCAGCUAUCGAAACACUAGUGAGAUCCCCAUGGUCCUGGUGGGCACCCAGGAUGCCAUCAGCUCCACCAACCCCCGUGUCAUCGAUGAUGCCAGAGCCAGGAAGUUGUCCAAUGACCUCAAGAGAUGUACUUACUACGAGACCUGCGCGACCUACGGGCUCAACGUGGAGAGAGUCUUCCAUGACGUUGCCCAGAAGAUCGUUUCCACCAAGAAGAAGCAGCAGCUCUCAAUCGGACCCUGCAAAUCUCUGCCCAACUCUCCGAGCCACUCCUCCGUGUGUUCUGCCCAGGUUUCUGCCAUACAUAUCAGCCAGACCAGUAAUGGAGGAGGGAGUUUAAGUGAUUAUUCCUCCUCUGUCCCAUCAACUCCAAGCACCAGCCAGAAGGAGCUGCGGAUUGAUGUUCCUCCCACUGCCAACACACCAACUCCUGUCCGUAAACAGUCCAAGCGCCGAUCCAACCUCUUCACGUCUCGGAAAGGGAGUGACCCAGACAAAGAGAAGAAGGUCCUGGAGAGCAGAACAGACAGCAUUGGAAGCGGCCGUGCAAUCCCAAUUAAACAGGGGAUGCUGCUAAAGCGGAGUGGCAAGUCCCUGAACAAGGAGUGGAAGAAGAAAUAUGUGACACUGUGUGACAACGGCGUGCUGACCUACCAUCCCAGCCUGCAUGAUUACAUGCAGAACGUUCACGGGAAAGAGAUCGAUUUGCUGAGAACCACUGUGAAGGUCCCUGGGAAGAGGCCACCCCGAGCCACAUCAGCCUGUGCCCCCAUCUCCAGCCCCAAAACCAACGGCCUCUCCAAAGACAUGAGCAGUUUACACAUCUCGCCAAAUUCAGGGAACGUGACUGCUAGCACAUCUGUGUCUCAGAUGGCCAGUGGGAUCAGUCUGGUGUCCUUCAACAGCCGCCCGGACGGUUUGCACCAGCGCUCCUACUCGGUCUCCAGUGCAGAUCAGUGGAGCGAGGCCACAGUCAUUGCCAACUCUGGCAUUAGCAGUGACACGGGCCUGGGAGAUUCAGUGUGCUCCAGCCCCAGCAUAUCCAGUACCACCAGCCCCAAACUGGACCCCCCUCCUUCCCCCCACGCCAACAGAAAGAAGCACCGCCGGAAGAAAAGCACAAGCAACUUCAAAGCUGAUGGCAUCUCGGGCACGGCUGAGGCCAAACGCAAAGCUUGGAAACUAAACCGUGUUGGUAGCCUGCGAAAUAUUUACAGCAGCAGCAGCACCAACACCGAAGAACAAGAAGAAAACUUUGAGUUUAUCAUCGUUUCUCUCACGGGCCAGACUUGGCACUUUGAAGCAACCACGUACGAAGAGAGGGACGCGUGGGUCCAAGCCAUAGAGAGCCAGAUCCUGGCCAGUUUACAGUCCUGUGAGAGCAGCAAGAACAAGUCGCGCCUGACAAGUCAGAAUGAGGCCAUGGCCCUGCAGUCCAUCAGGAACAUCAGAGGCAAUUCCCACUGCGUGGACUGCGAGGCACAGAACCCCGACUGGGCCAGCCUGAACCUGGGAGCCCUCAUCUGCAUCGAAUGCUCAGGUAUCCACCGCAACCUCGGCACACACCUGUCCCGGGUGCGCUCCCUGGACCUGGACGAUUGGCCCAUCGAGCUCAUCAAGGUCAUGUCAGCCAUUGGCAACGAGCUGGCCAACAGCGUGUGGGAGGAGAACAGCCAAGGCCACGUGAAGCCUUCCUCAGACUCCACCAGGGAAGAAAAAGAGCUCUGGAUACGCGCCAAGUACGAGCAGAAGCUCUUCCUCACCCCACUGCAGUGCCUGGAGCUCUCUCUGGGCCAGCAUCUCCUGAGGGCCACGGCCGAGGAGGACUUGCGGACGGUGAUCCUGCUGCUGGCCCACGGCACGCGGGAGGAGGUGAACGAGACCUGCGGGGACGGGGACGGGCGCACCGCCCUGCACCUGGCGUGCCGCAAGGGGAACGUGGUGCUGGUGCAGCUCCUCAUCUGGUACGGCGUGGACGUGAUGGCGCGUGACGCCCACGGGAACACGGCGCUGGCCUACGCCCGCCAGGCCUCCAGCCAGGAGUGCAUCGACGUGCUGCUGCAGUACGGCUGCCCCGACGAGCGCUUCGCCCUCAUGGCCACCCCAAACUUGUCCAGGAAGAACAACAACCGCAACAACGGCGGCGGGAGGAUGCCCACCAUCAUCUGAGGGGAGCGAGCUGGCGCGUUCGCUGACCCCGGUCACGUCCGCAGCCUCACAUUCCUCCAUCCCCAUCGCAGCGCCGCUCUGUGAGUCCGGUACCUCUCCUCCUCCCUUUUCCCCCCGGUCCAUCCCGAGCGCCAGGCGGGGCGCGGGGGCCGAGAGGAGCGCGGGGGCCGCGGGCAGGCCGGCGUCUCCGUGCACGGCGCGCGCGGCGCCGGCGCCGCCCCGGGACACGGCACCGCCAGGGACGGGCCGGGGAGAGGCCAGCCGGAGCAGAAGGAAGGAAGGAAGGAGAGACGGUGACUUUCCCUAAGUGACAGUGAAGCACAUCAGAACAUUUCACCUCUACGGAAUGCGGCGACGCCUGGAUUUCCAUUCUCUUCUCCUGAAGAGCUUGACGGCAUAAAUCAGAAGCAAGCACAGAGUUUGUCAGGUUUGAAGCUCCUAUGAUGGUAUGUGUCAAAUCAGUUGUAGCUAAUCUGUCCGGGGAGAAUACUGGCUUCAUUACACUUGUAUAGUUGAGUUCUUCCAGCAUUACUGCUGUUUAAUAGAACAUGAUUAGUCAUCACGGAGAAAAAAGCAUAUUAGCUGAGGAGGUAGUUACAUGGCACGCUUCGGUGAUUGCUUGGAUGUGAUUGCAAUAUUCUUAGAAGCAUCAUAUUAUCUCAGACAUGUUCUUUCGAGCCCUUGGAGCCCUCCUUUCUAAAUUCACUGUCAUAAUUUAGUAUCUGUUUAAUUUUUCAGUCCAAAGAGAGGAAAUGAGUUGCUGAGUGUUAUUUGACUGCAGUCUCCUUGGUGUAAAAACAAAAUGGAAAAAAUAAAUAAGAGUAAGCCUGAAACACAAAAAGGAAUAAUGAAUACCACUAUGGAAAACAACAUUUCAAGUACGUUUGGUGAAAUUAAUAAAUGCAUUAAAGGCUAAUUUUUUUUUUUUUUUCGUUAUGUUUUCAGCCAGCUGAAAUACAUUCUGUCAUUUUGCCAAGGUAAAUUGUGUUGAGUUUUUGGUCACUCCUGUGAUGCAUUGCCUAACUUAUACAGAUUUUUGUAUUGUGUCUCUAGAUUCUAUGUAUUUAAAAUCUAUUUGAAUAAAAAAAAGACCGUAAAUAUACAUUGAUUUUUUUUUUUGUACAGAAAAUGACAUCUCUGUUAAUUUAUAAACUGUAAUGGAUGUGAGCUAAAUAAUGUGCAACUAGUUAGGAUCUGUGGGUUACAGAUCAUUAUUGUACAUUGAUAACAUUCCCAGCAGUGAACUCUUCUUUCCAAAGCCUGUGAGGAACAACAUAUCAGAAGGAGAUCAGGGAAGGAACAAAAGCCUGUGAGACCUUUCAGAAAGGAGAAAAGAGGCCGUUCCUCAGCACUGUAAAUAUAUUUUACUCCAGAAGUCAGGAAGCUUUCAUAAGCCAAGACAAAAAGGCCCAUUCUGGCUGGGGGAAGAUCAGAUUUGAUUAAGUUCAGAAUUGAUAGCCUUCACCGCGGCGGGCAGGGCACGGCUGCGCUCCCUCCCAGCCCGGCUGCUUUCGGCAAGAAAAAUGGCUUGUGGAAGUGGCCUGGACAGUUCAUUUCAAUUCCAAGUUUCAACACUUGAUUGGGUUAGUUUGGUCUUACAUCCCAGCUUCUCCUGCUUCCCACUAGCAGGAUUCUGGCGUGGGGAAGCAGAGGUUUUGGCAGGCAGAAAAGUUGAUUUUUUUGGGUUUUUGUUUUGUUUUGUUUUGUGUUUUGGGGUUUUUUUUAAUUUUUUUUAAUUUUUUUUUCUUUUCUUUUUUGAAGUGUCAUAUGGCAAUGUGAGGAUGGGGGCAUGGUUUAUCAUGGAGAAAGUUGAAAACUCAACUGAAUUCAAUGGCAAAGGAGCAAUUAUGUGAAGGCAGUGAGGUGCACACAGCAGAGUGAUUUGCAGAUCGACCUGCUCCUGUGUAUUUCCCAGACCUUCAGUGGUGCUCUUCCUCGGGGCUCUGGCUUUCAUCCAGCACACAAAUGGGAGGAGCAGUUGCUAAAUAAACUGAAUGUGGACAAAAUGUGAAGGAAGAAAUCCGAUGUGGUUAUCUUAAGGAAAAGCAAAAAAAUGAGACAUUACGGAUUUGAGGCAAAAUUGUGGCUGAAAAACGAGCCUUGAUAUGGAAGCACAGGAAUAUUGACCAGCUUCUCCUCUUUGAUGGUGUUGUCCUUUCCUACUUUGUUGUUUUCUAGACCUUUGAGUAUCUGGGGGGUGGGAAUCUUUCUCCAGCCAGCCUAGGCUGACUGCACCAGACACAUCCCUUCCCACUGGGAUACUUCUAAAUAUUUGAUUUUUUUUUUUUUAAUUAAGAAAAGGUGUCUGUUUGAACUGCCAUUUCUCCACCAUUCCUGACAUUUGGUACUUACAGGUGGUCCCUCAGGGAGGGGAUAGCCCAGCUGAUGUGCAGCUGAAGGGGAUGCUGUGAAACCCCCUCUGUGUGCUGGUGCUCAGGAGCUUUGCCACAGCAGGGAUUCAGGAAUGGCAAUCCCAGAGGUGCUAGAGCUCCCUCCUGUUCCCCCCAGGAGCAUCCAGGGCAUUUGUAUCCCAAAAACCAAGUCCAGUGUUUCAAACCCACAGUGGGCAGGGUUCAAAGUGCACAUUCCGUUUCAGAGCUGGGGUUUUUUUCUUGAUUGAGAUGAUUUUCUGUACAUUGUUUAAUGCUCUCUUUGGGCCACCUUCCUAUAACAAGGCUGGGGGUGAUAUUUUGAGAAACAAGGGCAGCCAGGCAGAUUGCAGGUAGACAAAUUUCGUGGUCCUUUCCUAAAAGUCUUCUGAUGGCAGCCCUUGAAAAAGCACAGAACAUUUUUAGGAGAGGAAAUUCCAGUGUAUUGCAGGAAAAAUUAUGCAUCCAGACAAGCCAAGUGGUACUUUAAUUAAGUGGUUACACAGUCCCAGCAGAAACCCAGCAGCCAAAGCUGUUUUCUCUAAACGGAGUCUGCAGCAGUGGUUGUCAUUGCACCCGCCCCAGUCCUUCCCCUCAUCCCAGAUACCUUGAAAUCCCCCUUCCUCUGCACUUUAUCCACGACUAAAACACUAGAAGCCACUCAGCCAUUGGUGUUUCCAUAUUUCCUCCUCUCCUUGGCUAAUUGCUGUGGAAUUCAGUUGGAUGUGUCACAGCUGAACCUGGAUAUUGCCGGGGACAGUUGACUUCUUGUUCUUCAUGAAGAAGAAAGACCCAACCUUGGGAAAAUGCAGGGCCCUCCCCUAAAUGAAGAUUUGACCAAGUGCUCCCAUCACCAGAUUUCCAAUUCUGAUGGUUAGGAAAAGGAGCAGGAAAAAAAAUUCUAAAAAGCUUGGAGAACCUUGGUGCUGCUUGGAGAACCAGGUGAGCUCCUGGAAGGUGGAGAGGAUUUUGAAGCAUCUGGGUGCAGUGUAAAAUAACCAUGUAAACAUUAACAUUGUGUAAUUCGCUGUCUUGUCCCCCUUCCCUUAAAUUAUUUGUGUUAGUGCAAGAAAAAUAAAAAGCUUUAGCUGCA